UCGGAACCUACAAGAAGGAACGAGAUAUUCGGCUUCGAAAUAAUAUGGUAAAGCAGAAUUUCACAUAAUUUCACAUAAUUUCAAAUUUAAUCAAACAAUUCAUUAUACCCUUCCUCGCCGAGAAUAUAACGUGCGGCCUACCAAUAAUCCUCAAUUCUCAAUUUACCUAGGCAGCCAUUUUGGACACCGCUGCUGUGCAACGUUUCCACGUGCAUCCUUAUCGCCCUUAUCAGUUCCUGGAUUUUUCUCAAAAGCCACCAAGCCUUGUCCCGCGAAUUUCACACAUUAUUCCACAGCCUCACCACACAAGCCUCACCUCACAAACUCCUCUAUAACCCCGCCACCAUGAAUCCCCAACUCAACAAGAUCCUCAAAUGGAGCGUCGAAAACUCCGCCGCCCCCGUCGCAAGCGCUGAUGGCUCCGCCGCCCCCCCCCGCAGCACCAGCACCCUCGACCCCGAAGUCCUCGCCUCCCUCUUCGGCGGCCCCUCCGAAGCCGACCUAAUGAAAGACUCCAUGUCGGCCAUCCUCUCCACCGACCCCGAAAUGACCAUGGAGGCGCGCAUGAUCGCCUUCGACAACUUCGAGCAGCUGAUCGAGAACCUCGACAACGCGAACCUGAUGGAGCCGCUGAAGCUGUGGCAGCCGCUCAUCAGCCUGUUGUCGAGCGACGAGGCGGACCUGCGCAUGAUGGCCGCGUGGUGUAUUGGGACUGCGGUGCAGAAUAAUGAGAAGAGCCAGAAGAUGCUAUUUGGUGAGGGGGGCAUCCCGCCGCUGGUGGAUUUGGCGAUUAAUGAGAAGGAGACGAGGGAGGUGAGGAGGAAGGCGGUGUAUGCGCUUAGCUCGGGGUUGAGGAAUUAUCAGGAGGCGAUGAAUGAGUUCGUGGAUGAUAUGAAGGAUAAGGGACAGAAGAACUAUGGGAUUGUGGAUGCGGCGGAUAUGGAUGCUGUGGAUGGGAUUAUCAAUUACUUGAGAGAGCAGGCGUCGAAAUCUGCUUAGGAUUGAGAUAUAUAAACGAGAGCGGAAAAAGGCGUUUGGGAGUUAUAUGGCGGUGCAUAUGAGGGCAUAUGGGCAUUAGAAGUCAAAGGGCCUUUGCCUGGUUGACAGGACCUGCUAGAUAUAAAGAUACAACGAGAGGAUAAAAUAUCAU